AUGGCUGACAUGGAUAUUGACGCCGGCACCAAGGCAAUCGCCUUCACUACAAAGAACUACCGCUCCCUCUACCCUGCCAUCGAUCCCACUAGUCCAGACUUAUCCCAGAAGGGAAAGGUCAUCGUCAUUACUGGGGCCAGUCAAGGACUAGGCCGUCUAAGCUUCGCUACCUCCUUUGCUCAAGCCGGUGCCGCCGCUAUUGUUCUGAUCGGUCGUUCUGCCGAUGGACUCAACGAGACCGAGAAGACCGUCAACGAGAUCAACCCAGAUAUUAAAGUUCUCCGCUUCGCGAUCGACGUGACCGACGAGACAGCCAUCAACGACGCUUUCAAGUCCAUCGUGGCACAGGUCGGGGUUCCCCACGUUCUGAUCAACAAUGCGGGUAACCUUGCUCCUCUCGCCAGCACGGUGGAAUCGGAUCUGGAUUCAUGGUGGAGAUGCCAGGAAGUCAACAUAAAGGGAACUUUCAUCGUUACUAAAGCUUUCCUGAAAGAAACCGGAUCGACUCCAUCUGACCCAACAACAAUCAUCACUAUUACUUCCCAAGCAUCGAUGGGAACUGCACCGGGAAUGGGCGCUUACUCAAUGUCGAAGAUGGCUGUCACAAAGCUGAUGGCGUAUGUGGCCUCCGAACAUCCUACCAUCACGGCACUAAGCCUCGAUCCGGGUAUUUUGCCAACUGCCAUGGGCCACAGUGUGCCAUACCUCGCAGAAGUUUUGCUUGAUAAGCCGGGACUUGUUGGAGGUCUGGCUGUGUGGGUGUCCAGCGGAGAUAGAAAUUAUCUCUCGGGCAGAUGGCUCACAGCUAACUGGGAUGUCGAGGAGAUAGAAAAGCGAAAGGACGAGAUUGUGGAGAAGAAUCUGUUGAAGUAUCGCAUUCAUGCGGAUUUUGCGACAAAUCCGACUGUUCAUUAUUGA